UGAAGAUACCCAUUUACGAUGGAUACGAACAAGGCAGGGUCCGCCAAUGGAUCAACCAAUGAAUUACCUGUACACGCCUUCAUUCGCCCAGCCAGCCAGCCAGCCAGCCAGCCAAUCAGCACACACCAACGUGCGUGUGCGCAAGCCCCAAGUCCAGUGACUGUCAUGCUGUCGCCUCAAGGCCCUGCCCCUCCACAUACACACCGUCCCUCCAGUCUGCCAGGGCAGCAUUGGCCUUGAGGAUGCCCUUGUCGCGCCACAUACGGUGAGAAGUGCACCAGGAAGGAUUAUACAGGUCCUGGAGAGAGAAAGCACUCGUCAGGAGAUGCCGAUUUACUGUAACCAGCGCCUUGCCUUGUACCGUUGCUCUCUUCAGCACAUUGUCAAGUUCACACAGGUCCUGACAGACAGACGACACACAGCACCAUGGAUGGAUGGAUGGAUGGCCGCCCAAUGGGUUGCCUGAUCUGAUCUGGACUCACCUCGUCGGAGAACAUCGCCACACGGCCAUUCACCUCAUGCGGAAUCAACUCAAGCAUAUCCCGCACCUGUAAUCAGCCCACACACACAGCCAUCCACCCAUCCAUCCAUCCAUUCACUGCCUGACCCACCAGCCGCCUUUCCUUUCUCCUUUGUAACGUGCGCAUCUCACCGUCUGCAUGCCUGUGGCGAUCUGUCGGCUGUCUGUCUUGGCGUCAGUGCCGGGUGUGCCUUCCCAUGUGGUGUAGACAUCUGUGAGGAUGCGGGUGAGGGUCAGCAGGGCGGCAGGCUGCAGUGCGUGCAGCCGCUUCAGCAAGUGGCACAGAAUGCCUAGAAGGAGAAAUAAGUGAUCGAUCCACAGAUGUCAUUCGCCUGUGUGUGCACGUGGAUCUGACCUUCCAUUUUGUCGGGGUCCCACCACUUGAGGUCACCCAGCACUUGCAGGGCCCUCACCCACUCCCCCACUGACAAGGAACUCGGCCGCCUGUCAGCACAACACACAAACACAGCACAGAUAAGGUAGACACCCGAGAGAAAAGCAGUGCGGGUGUGCGUUGCGUCAUGCGACUUCUUCUCACUCACUUGGCCAGUUCAGCCACGAUGUCUUCGAGCGUGUCGCACGCCUCAGGAAGGGGUCCCAGUGUCAGCCGCCCUCUGCCCCACCUGUCGGCGUCCCAUCCUGACACACGGAAACGACUUGCCACGCUUCAAGCGAUAGGAAGAGGAGCUUGUGUGUACUUCCUGACCUCGAAUGAUCGCCCGUUCCUCGGCGGACAGGCAGGACGACACAAAAGGAUUCGACUCGGCCGCAUUGGACUCGUCGUUAGUGGCCACCGGCAGAUCUGCAGAUCCAACGCCGAUGGACCGUGUCCCUUCGCCAGCUGGAGGCAGAGCAGGAUACCGCUGGAAGUGCUCGUGGUAGCGCAUGAUGCCCACCAGUACACUGCAUACGCACAAAAGAAGCGCAAAAACACUCGAUCAGACAAAGAUAGUAUUCGUAUCACUCCUCCUCUCCAUACGUGGUCAGCUGCGCUGGCUCCAGCUCUGCUCGAUGCCUCCGUGCAUCCCGAAGAGCACGGCUGACGAAGCGAAGCGCCGCUGGGGAAGAAUAAGCGGGGAGGGAGGGGUGGAUGUGGGGGUGGGGGUCCGCCGCUGCUGAGGGCGGGGCGAGCCGCAUGUUGUUGUGCCCGAGGAAGAGAGCCACGCUCGCGAACAGCUUUGAGAAGUACUCGGAUGGGCAUAAAUGGAGCUGACGGAUAUGGAACAAAUGAAACAAUGACACUAAGCAACGGGCAGAGAAGGCGUGCCAUUGGUAUGCCACCUGUCUCUCUGUGACGGUGAUUAUCUGCUCGAAGAGCGUUGGCGACAGCAGCGGCACCUCGAUAUCCCCUUGCCACUCAAGAUCUCCGCCGCCCUCCUGAACGGCCUGCUGCCGCAUCUCCUCGAGCGUCAGGUACGCCGGCAGAAGGGUCGCCACGUCGGCUGGAGUGAAGUAACACAGCUGACACACGAACCAACAGCGAAGGACGGAUCCGCAGGGAAUACAUGCAUCACAUAUAGAUACAUCCAUCAGUCCUCACACAUACCUGUCUUUCCACUUCGCUGGUGAGCUUCCGGAGCAGCGGCAGAUGGAAGAACCGAUGCCUGAUGUCCACACACAUGAAGGAACGAUUCAGUCAGUCAAGACGCGCACAAUGAGUCGGUCGUUAUCCGCUCACUUUGCCAGGGCCUUGGCCAGCAGAGCCGAGUCGUUAGCUGUGAAGUCCUGCCACAGCUGUGCGCCCACCGGCCCAUCCUCACCCUCCUCGCCCUCCUCCGACGACACCAAUGCAGCUCCAUCCCGGGCAUCCGCCUCUCCCUCAGCGGAUCGGGUCUCCGCCAGUGGCCGCCUGAUGCCGCCCCAGACGCUCAGCUCGCGCUCCUCCGACCCGCCAGACAACAGACGCUCGGCCACCUGCCCAGAGCAACACACAGAUCCCCCCCGUUAUCAUGAGAUCGGCCAUCCAUCCAUCCAUCCAUCCAUCCAUUUUAUGUGCAUACCUCGUUGAGCAUGCGUGUGUCGCGGACUCCCACGCAAUGGAAGCCGAACAGAAGACGGCACAGCUGAGCCGGGCUGCGACAGACCAAGAUCAACACAACCAACACAGUCAUGGCUUCCUUGUCCCCACUGCCUUCAGCCGUUGCUCACCUGAAUUGCGGCAGAAGUGCAGUCGCCCGAGCAGCGUAUCUCUCCCACAGCUUGGGAUCACUGGCGUGGGGCGUCCGGGCGGCCUUUUCGAUGGAUGCGAGCAGCCCUUGAGUACCGUUCUUGGCGGUUGCGUAGAGGGCGUCCCGACGAUGCUGCAGAAGACGGAGAGGCGCCUGAGGAGCCAUGCCUCAAGGGCCAGAG